AUGAUGACGACGACGACGACGCUCAAAACGACGACUAUUUCCCCACCGUCGGUAAAAUCGUUCGCGAAUACGAGGCGCAAAGCUUUAUUACUCCGACGAAGGAAUGCGCAGAACAGAAACCUAAUAACGACCGUAAAGGCGGUCGUGAGCGAGGACAAAACCGACGAUGAUACCACUAUCCUUCUCCCGGACGAAGUGAAAGAUUUAAAACUCCGAGACAUAAUCUCGCUGUGGAUCACGCAGAUUUUACAAACGUACGGGGAUAAACCGUCCUCGGAUAACGCGCCAAUCGUGGAAGGGGAAAUCGACGAUUUGGUCGGCGGGCCGAUAUUUUUAGCCUUGUAUCCGUACUUUCGAAAGUACGGCGGCGUGUUUAAACUCGCGUUCGGGCCGAAAGUGUUCAUGGUGCUCUCCGACCCGGUGGUUGUGAAAGAAGUGCUCAAAGAGAAACCUUUCUCGUUCGAUAAAGGCGUGUUGGCGGAAAUUUUAGAGCCGAUUAUGGGGCAAGGGUUAAUCCCGGCGCCGUAUAAAGUGUGGAAAGAGCGCAGACGAGCGUUAGUGCCCGGGUUUCACAAGGCGUGGUUGGACCACAUGGUUGGUUUGUUCGGUCAUUGCAACAAAGAGUUGCUGAAAAACUUGGAAGUGCAAGCGAAGAGCGGCGCCGUCGUGGACAUGGAGGAGCGCUUUUGCUCGGUGAGUUUAGAUAUCAUCGGUUUAGCCGUGUUCAAUUACGAUUUUGGUUCGGUGACGAAAGAAUCGCCGAUUAUCUCGGCGGUGUAUAACUGCUUGCAAGAAGCCGCGCAUAGGAGCACUUUUUACGUACCGUAUUGGGAUUUGCCGUUGGCAGACGUGUUAGUUCCGAGACAGAGAAAGUUUAAGCAAAACAUGACGGUGAUCAACGAUACUCUGAACGGCUUAAUCAAACAGGCCCAGCAAAUGUCCUACACCGAAGAUUUGGAGGAGUUGCAAAAAAGAGAUUACUCCAAAGUAAAAGAUCCGAGUUUGUUGCGGUUUUUAGUGGACGUGAGAGGUGCUGACGUGACGGAUUCGCAAUUGAGAGACGAUUUGAUGACCAUGCUCAUCGCCGGUCACGAGACGACCGCGGCGGUGUUAACCUGGGCGUUGUUUUGUCUCACGCAAAAACCCGAGUUGGUGAAAAAAGUCGUCCAAGAAAUCGACGACGUCAUGGGUACGGACGAUUUAAACCGACCGCCGACGUACGAAGAGAUUGAAAAGAUGGAACUCUCUCGCUUUUGUGUCGCCGAAGCUUUAAGAUUGUACCCGGAACCGCCUAUUUUAAUCCGCCGAUGUUUAGAAGACGUGCCUCUUCCGCGAGGCGCGGGCGACCGCGACAUCACUUUAAUCAAAGGCAUGGACGUCUUCAUCUCCGUCUGGAAUUUACACCGCUCGCCAGAAUGUUGGGAAAACCCCGACGAAUACGACCCAGAACGCUUCAAAAAGCCGUUCAAAAACCCAGGCGUGAAAGAUUGGGCCGGCUAUAACCCAGACUUGCUCACCGGUCUCUACCCGAACGAAAUCGCGUCCGAUUACGCCUUCAUCCCAUUCGGCGCCGGCGCUCGCAAAUGCAUCGGCGACCAGUUUGCAACUCUAGAAGCCACGAUUAGCUUGGUCAUGACUCUCAGAAAAUUCACGUUCAACCUUCAAAAAGAUCCGAACGAGAUCGGCAUGGAGAUGGGCGCCACCAUCCACACCGCCGGAGGUUUGCCGUGUACGCUAAAGUUACGAGAGGUUUAA